ACUUACUGGAAUAUUUAUGACGGUAGAGUCGAACUAAAUUUGAUGUUUCAGGAAUUUUGUCGAGAAUAUGCGUGAGAAUAAUCGCAAAAGUGGAAAUUUUUCGUUGAUGGUAACAGACAGUGCCCUUUUGAUCCUUAACAUAGAUUAUUCAAAUGGAUAUAAUGAUUUAAAAUGGGCGAUCGGUCUAAAUCGGCUCAUGUUGAAAAUCGUUGGUUUGUGGCCGCCAGACAUCCGAGACGAGCGUGAGAUCGUACGAUCAAAACUUCGAUUAUUGGGUAAUUGUAUCGCGUUGUUUUUUGUACUAACAAUACCGGUUCUAGUAUCUCUGGUAAGGGUGUGGGGCGACAUGAUACUAAUGAUAGAUAAUUUGCAACAUAGUCUACCUCUAUUGAUUACCAUAUUCAAAGUCUCCAUUCUUUGGUAUAAACAAGAAGUUUUAGUACCACUGAUUGAUAUGAUUGCAAAAGACUGGAUCAAAGCGAAGAUGAAAGAGGAGCGAAACGUUAUGCUGAGUCGCGCCAGGAUCACUCGCACGAUCGCCAUGUGCGGAAUGUUCACGAUACUUUUGGCAGUGAUUAUUACUUCCGUCUUUCCAUGUUUCGGUCUAAUGAUCCGACACGUUACGAACCUAACCGAUCCCGGAAAACCCUUGCCGAUACAAUCAUACUACUUGCACGACGUGUCCAAAAGUCCACAGUAUGAGCUGACGUUUAUAGCGCAAGGAAUUGCGACGUUCACAUCAGGUCUUUCUUAUACCGCAAUCGACAACUUUCUUGGAUUAUUAGUUUUGCACGUAUGCGGUCAGCUGGAGAAUCUACAGUCGCGAUUGACACAUAUGAAAAUAUGUGCGAACUUUGAUGCAGCUUUGAAAUACAACAUUCAAGAUCAUAUUCGCUUGAUUAGAUCCAUCCAAAUCAUAGAUGAUACUUUUAAUUUGAUGUUGCUAGGUAUAGUACUUUACUUUGGUAUAUUAUUUUGCCUACAAGGAUUUCUUAUAGUUAAUGUUAUUAAUCAAAAAGGACAAUUAUCAUUUGCGCAAUUGAGUUGGUUUGUUGCAGCAAUUAUAUGUGGUUUGUUACACAUGUGUCUGUACUGUGCGGUCGGUGAAUGUCUGGUGACGCAAUCUGAAAGUAUACAUCGCGCCACAUAUAAAUGUGCAUGGUACACUAUCGAAUCUAAGACUGCAAGAAACUUAACGUUAAUCAUGCUUCGAGCAAAUAAACCACUUUACAUUACGGCGGGAAAAACAUUUCCCAUGACGAUGGCAACGUUUUGCAACUUACUAAAAACAUCAGCAGGUUACAUAUCUGUGCUACUUGCCAAUCAAAAUUGA